GCGCACGCCACAACGAUAAGCGCCGCUUUCUUUUCUGUCUUGUGUGUCGUGUGUGUGUGUAGAUACGUGUUUGUAUGCGCCUGUCCAUUCGCCGCCACUCGAAUUGCGUGAAACACAGCUGCGUAAGGAGGGAGAGAAAGGAAAGGAACGAGGAGAGUACACGCAACGUGGGCACACGUGUGUGAAUCACCACUUUCUCAUAAACACAGAUUGCACAAAAAAAGGGCGCGCUUUGCUCACCACCGCUACUACUACUACUACUACUACUUGUAAUACCAGUAUAUUUCUUUUCCCCUCUGGUUAUGAACUCUAUUGCUCUCCCUUUUAUUAUUAUUAUUAUUAUUAUUAUUUCGCCCACCUGUGCAAACAUACUCGUUUGUUUGUUUUACUGCUACUUUGCCUCUUGCGAUUGGUAUAAUAGGGCUUGGGACUUCGAUUUAGUAACGAAACGCUCGAGAAGGGAGCUCGCCAAAACGAUUACGUGUGUGUGUGUGUGUGCUGCUUAAUGCAGUGGAUUUGAAUUACUUUCGUAAUAAUUAAUAUAUAUAUAUAUAUAUAUGUACUGACCGUAUUUGUUUCUCUUCUCGUUUUUUUUUCUUUUUCCCACUUUGCUUUUGAGAGGGCUGUGCAGGUUGAUAUUUCGGUCUUGAGAUACGACUCGUGCUUACGUUAGUGUGUGAGGGAGGAAGGGGGAGAGAGUUCUUCUACUCGUAUUUUACUAUUGUCGUUGUUAGAUCUCUUCUUCUUCACUAGCGCGAUUGCGCACACCAUCGUCAAUGAUCCGUAGAUUAGCGGUGGCUCUGGCGUCUCAAACGACUGCUGCGGCGGCAGCGGCGUCAGCGGUGCGGGCAAAGAGCGACGCCGUAAUCCACGCCAAGCGCGACGGCACGCGUCCGUUGUCCUUGUCCGCGUCAGCGGCGGCGGCGGCGCCACAUCUUAUCGCCUUCGAUGUGCUCCUCGUCGUGGUCAGCGUCGUCUCGACUUUGCUAGUCGUCACCGUAGUUCUCUUGCUUGUUGUAAUCUGCCUGCUUCGUCGCGUGGCCGCGGUGCGCAACGUCACGCCCCUCGCCUACGAGGACGAGGACGACAGCGGUGAGAAUGAGGAGCAAGACGCUGAUGCGGAUGUCAACAACAGCGUGGGCGUCGCUCUGCACGUGCGUGACCGCCUCGACGAGCGGCAGCCGCUGCUGCAACCGCGUCCUGCGAAUACGCCACGACCACCGCAACGUCAUCGGCAACAACGGCGUGGUGCACCGUCGGCGGGUCUUCUUGAGGCGCUGCGGAUUGUACUUGGCGUGACGGCCCUCCAUCACCAAGACAGUGACUCCCUCGUGGAAGACGGCGACUGGCGCAGAAGUCGACGUGCGCAACAGUCGCGAAGGCGUCACGACGGAGAUGGCGGACAGCAGCAGCGGCAACAAGGACGAAGAGGGGAGGGCGAGGCAAGUGGAGGGACAGCGUGCAGCGCCCAUCAACCGUCACCUGCCAACGGCAGUCCCGCCCUUCGCGAAGCGGGUGUAGAACCCUCUGCGUCGGCAUCCCCAUCCGCAGCAGCAGCAGCAGCAGCAGCAGGCGGUCACAACAACACUGUGAACAGUCAUAACGUUGAGAGUACGCAGGGCGACCGUGGCGUCCGCAGCUCAGCCGCAGGAGCCAACGAUGGCGAGCAGGCCACUCCUUUCCAUGCGACUACCCAAAAGGACCUCGUUGUGUUCAACACCACGCACGACUCGCGCUAUCGCCUGCUGCAACGCAUCGGCACAGGCGCCUUCUCCUCCGUCUACCUCGUCCAGCACAAAACCACCGGCCAGAAGUACGCCUUGAAGUACAUCCUGUGCAAAGACGAUCGCGAGCGUCUGGCGGCGAUGCGGGAGUGCGAGGUGAUCUACUCCCUGCAAGGCCAUCCGCAAGUAAUUCGCAUUGUGGACAUGUUUAUGAACUACCAGUUUCAACGCGGAGGCGACGGCCCGAGCAACGCCGCAGCCUUUCUACCCCCACCAGUAACUGUAGCAGCAGCAGCAGCGUCCUCGUCGUCUCUCGCGCGAAGCCCGGCGCAACAUCUUCGCGCCGCCACCCCAGCAAGAGCAGCAACCACAAACAGCCACCCACACCAGUCCUUACCGUGGCAGGUCACAUCAACCGGCACCACGAACGUCGCAGCUGGGCUGCCACAUGCCGCCACCUCAUCGCUGACACAGUCGCCAAGUCUAUGGGCGCGUCCUGCGGUGACGCCAACUUUGCCGCCGUUGUUGGUCGGCUCCCAGCAACAGUUGCAGCAGCAGCAGCCGUCUCUCUCCGUCACGACCACCACCUCAUCUCAACUCUGUUUCUCUGCUGCGGCUGCAGCGAAGGCUCCCUCUGCACCGACAACAGCAGCGACAAGAACUCGAUGGGUCGGCGUGCAGCGGCAGGGGCAGACGGCGGAUCCCGUCAUGUGGAACGGAGCGAAAGCGUCGACGCUGACGGAGGCGGCGGUCGUGGCGGCGCUGCGAGCGCGUAUGCACAACGCUGGACGGGGCGCCGUGGACAACGGUCACACGACGGCGAACUCCGACGACGACGACGACAGCGCGGAGGAGGUGGGAAGAGGCGACAACGAUGGCGAUGACCACCUGCACCACAGCGACGUCGACUCCGAAAGCGCGCCGUUGAUACUGAGCGCGGCGGACACGGAGCGGCUGCUCAUGGACGCGCGGCGGCAGCAGCAGCAGCAGCAGCGACGCCGCCAGCGCGCGCAGCAGCAUCAUCACCGACAGCGACACAACGAUAGAAGCAGCAACACCAACAAAACGCAAGCACUUGCCACCGCCACAACAGACGGUGCUGCCGUGCACGAUGUUGGCGGCGCACGAUUCAUGUCCUUGUCAUCCCUCCCACCACCACAACAGCACCAUCCGAAUCAGCAGCAGCCGUACCUCUCGGUGCAGUAUACCAGUCGAAGUAGCAGCACCUCGCACCUUGGCAGGCCCUCCGAUAGCCCAGUGUACGGCGGCCCGUGCGCGUUGCCCUCACCGACAGCGACGACGUCGUCCUCCGCCACGCGCGGAAGCCUCCCUAAAGCCGGUCCGCCACAUCGAUGCAACAGCCAAACCUACGGUGGUGCAGCGGCAGGGGAUGCGAGUCGUUCAGGCCACGGAUACACACAUGCUCUCCGUCCGAGUCAACCCUUUACGGACAGAGCUGAUGGGGAGGGCAGCAGCCACAGCAGCCGGCGUGGCUCCGUCAGCUCCAGUGAUCAGUGCCCUCCACGACCACCACCACCGCAACAGCAGCAGCAGCGACAACCGGCGUAUCGGUACAACUACAGUGGAUUGAACGUGGGGCGAGGAACGACGGCGGCGCACGACGUGCCUUUGAAAGAGGGCACGGACGGCAGCUUCAUGGCAACAGACACCGUGAUGGCAACGGCAACCAUCACAUACAACUCCGCCUUUCAGAACAGCGUAGACGCCGAGCGCGCGCGCGCGCAAGGCAACGGCCACAACGAUGGAGCUUGCGCACCCGUAGCCUCUGACCACGCGACGAAAGAGUUGGCGGAGCAACACUCACAGGAGCAUGAUCGGCGCAGCGACACCAGCGGCAGCAGCAGUGGCACGGAAGAGGAGCCGAUGCAGCCGAUCCGGCGCAUUCUGGUGCCGCCACCAUCGUACACGCGGCCCCCGCCCGGCCUGGCGGUCGUGGUGGCGCACGAGGAGUCGAGUCAAAUGGAUCAGAAGAGCGACCGCACCGCUUCCCCUUUCGAGCAGCAGCAGCAGCAGCCGUCGUCGUCACCCACGGCUUACGUUGCGCGAAAUCGGUAUGCGAACUUUACCGUGAGCACGAGGGGAGUGUUGGCGAGUGAACGCAAACCAGAUGUGACGGCGCCGACAGGGCCAGCAGCAGCAGCGGAGGAGCCACUUUCCACAGCGGAAGCGGCCGCCGUCAACGCCCUCACGCGCGACACCAGCACCGGCACCGCAGCCCGCGUCAGUCACUACGUCAACCCCUACCUCGAGCGUGCCCGUGGUGGGGAGGUGGUGCCACCGCCGCGCACGUCCUACGCGCCUGGUGGGGGAGUGCGGUAUAACUGUUUGGUGAUUCCGCCAACGAACGCACCGGCGCAGCCGCCUACGGUGAGUCUCCCACAGCGCAGUGGGCCAGUGAUGCGUGCGUGGGGCGGCGACUCGGACGGCUCUUCUCCCUCCGCAGCAAUCGCAGCAGCGCCGCCCUUUGCGAGCGUGCGCAACACGUAUGCGCCACUGCGUUACGGCAAUCUAGUACAGCCCGCGUCGACGCCAACCCCUAAAGUGGAUGCCAGCUAUGCUGGGGGGGAAGCGUCUACGAGUCCGUCUCCAACUCCACCUCUUCCACAACAACAGCAGCAGGGGGAGGGAAAGGAUUCAGCCACCUCACCCCUCCCCUCGGCGGCAAAACCAGUAAAGGUCAUGUAUGGACGACUAAGCGUAUCCGCCGCCAUCCGUCACGCACGCGCUGGUCAGCAAGGGGAGCAGAUGCACUGCAACGACGGCAAACCACACGUGCACGUACCAACGCCGAGGCCGGCGAGGGAGGGGGGAGACGUUGACAGCCUCGUGCCGUCGCCGCCGCUUACGAAGCCGAACGAGCUGAACUGCACGUACGUGGUAUGCGGACACAAUGGGGAUCAUAAAACCAACAACAGCGAUGAGGAGGAGGAAGGAGAGAUGCAGCCCGGUCGUGACGAUCGCCGUCACGGACACGUGGACGCCAGCGCCGCACGCCACAAUUCGUAUAACUCUAUUUUCACUGCAAAUGUAAACGGAGACGUCACGGCGUUCGCCGAUGCGCCGUCGCCGCAGAAGCCGCUGUACACAAACCUCGGCGUGACGCUGGCUGAUGCCACCCCUGCACCCAACACGGCCCCUCCCCACCACCACACCACCACCACCGCAAGAGCACCAAUCACAGCAACGUCGCACGGCUACACGGACUCGACAACCGCCACCUCCCGCAUGUUCCGCGGCACAUCCGCAGCUGCGCCGUCGUACGGUGCCACCGGUGUCCCAGAGAAGAGCAGCCACAGCACUUAUGAUUCCUCGCAUGUCCCUCGCGAGCAGACCUACGCGCCGAUGGUGCGCUACGCAAACGCGGGCAACCCCACACUUUGGUGCGCGUUUGGGCAGCCUGGCGGAGUAGCCGCCAUCGGUCCUGCCUCCGUCGCGGCUGCGCGGGCAUCGGCCGAGGUCGUCAAGGACGCGCAGAACACCGCCACGCAUGAUGGCAACGCAGGUGCCGACACAGCAGCAGCAGCAGCAGCAGCUGCCGGGCACCAUAAGAACGACGGUGACGCGGAUGAUGAUGAUGACAGCAGCAACGCGGCCGGCACGGGAAGCACUACCCAAAGUAACAGCAGCGGCGGCGUCAGCCAGGACAUACGCGACACCGGCUAUUUGUGUCUGGUGGUGGAGUACCACCCAAUGGGGGACUUGUGCCACUACGUGCUGCGCGCGAAGCGGCAACUCGCCCUGCAGCAAGACCAACAACAGCAGCCGAAUUGUAUGGUGCGGAACUGCGUCAGUCAGGGCGGGUUUGACGCACGGGCGGCUGCCUCGCCGAACACGCCGACGCCGUCUGACCACAGUUCUGUGCUUCCUGCAGGCGGGGCGUCGUACAACGAUUUAACCUCCUCCGCCGUGGCGUUAGGGAACUCAGCAGCGUCGUGGAUGGCUGCCGCGGCGGCUGCGACGUGGCGCGUGAAGCCGGCGACAAGUAGAAGUGACCCGAACCUGGCUAUGGCAGCAGCAGCGGCAAAAGAAGGCGGUGGCGGUACUCAAAACGGCGAAGAUCAGCGCGAGAGCGCGGACAAGCCUGACCCGACGAGCCGCAAUCCGCUGACGGAGCCGCAGCUGCUCUCCAUCGCGUAUCAGCUCUCCUCCGUGCUCGAUCACAUGCACCACCAAAGCCCACCCAUCAUCCACCGUGACUUGAAGCCGGAGAACGUUCUAAUCAAAGGUGCGUUGGAGGAAUUUUUGGGCGAUGUGCCGGCAGACGUGGUGAUGGGCUUCACGAGACGGGGGAGCGGCCCGCACGGGAGCAAGCCGGCGUCCCCGCUCUCCCCCGCGGCCGCUGCAACGUCCAUCAGCGGCGCCCACUACAACAGUAACGCGAGCAACUCAAAUGGGGCAGGCACCGGUCGGACCAGCCGCCACGGAGGAGCUCCCACGACUGCGCCGUCUCCCAUCAUCCCCAGCAGCCGCGGCGGUCCAGCAUCCGUCACGGCCCUCACCUCCCCACCACCCAUCCGCAUCACACGCGCCGUCGUCCCGAUCGUCGUGACGGACUUCGGUCUUGCGAUGGUGCAGGAAGCGCGCACCGGCCCCGGCGGCGGCCGCGGUGGGAGCCGUGGCGGUGGCACGAGGCCUUACAUCGCCCCGGAGUGCUGGCAGGGUGCGACGUGCACGGCGAGCGACAUGUGGAGUCUCGGCUGCGUCCUCUACGCGUUAGCCACCGGUCGGCUGACCGCGCGCACGGUGCGGCUGAUGUCGGAGGAGGCGAAGCGCGACGGCUUUGCCUCGCGCAUGUUGAACGACAUCAUUAGCGAGAAGUACUCGCUGGCGUUUGCGAGCUUCGUGGUGUCGCUGCUCGUGGUGGAUGCGGCGAAGCGGCCGACGGCGGCGCAGGCGGCGCAGUGUUUUCUGGUCGCCGACGAUGAGGUCCGCUUCGACGCCGCGAGUCCGUUCUUCAGUAACGUGUUGGACCUGUGA